CCCGCAAGAGGAGCUGCUCCGCCGCGCCCUCCCCUGCACAGCGCCCGGCGCGGGGAGCGGGCGAAGCGGAGGAGCGUGACACACGGGCACCCCGCGCCUCUCGUCCCCAUGUCGCGGCGGGCAGCGGGAGGCUACCACCGCGGGAGCUGCGCGUCCGGGAAGCCCGACAAGCGGCGGAGAGCCGCCGACAUCGCCCGCCCGUCCGCUCGCCCACGGAGAUCAGUCAACGCCCGGAGCGACACGCUCGGCUCCCGCCGGGAUUGAGGCAGUUUCCCCGGGAACGUGUGGCGAGCGCUCGGAUAAACUAAGUCACGAAAAAAAAACCACUACAGGCGGUGUCCUGCUUGGCCGCCCCGUGUCUCCUAUGCUUAGUAGAGGGACCCAAGCGGGGCGGCGGAUCCCGCAGGAUGACGGACGAUGAGGCAUCCUAAAGCGGCGUCGAGGCGGCCCGCUACGGGCUGCGAUGAGUCUCAGAGAGCUGGUGCCGCAGGAGAGGCCCGGAGCCAGGUAGCCGCCGCCCGCUCGCCACGCAGCCCUGAACCGCCGCUCGCCCGCAGCCGGCUGGGAGCAUGGGAGCGGCGGGCAGAGCCCGCUAAGACUGCCGCGCCCGGCUGCAGGAGGAGCGAGGAGAGAGGAGGCGACAAGAUGUGGGCCGGGGCGGCAGCGCUCUCCGUGGUGCUGACCCUGGGGCUGCUGCCAGUCGCCCAGGCUUGCCCUCAGCCGUGCGCCUGCUACCUGCCCACCGAGGUCCACUGCACCUUCCGGUCCUUGGCCGCCGUGCCUGGGAGAAUCCCCAAACAUGUGGAAAGAAUCAAUUUCGGGUUUAACAGUAUACAGUCUAUAUAUGAAAACUCCUUUGCUGGACUUACAAAACUGGAAUUGCUUAUGAUACAUGGAAAUGACAUUCAGAAUAUACCUAAUGGUGCUUUGAGAGAUCUCAUAGCUCUUCAGGUUUUCAAAAUCAGUUACAAUAAACUGAAAGUCAUAACUGGCCAGACUCUCCAAGGACUUUCAAGCUUAAUGAGACUGCACAUGGACCACAACAGAAUUGAGUUUAUUCACCCAAAUGCUUUUAAUGGAUUAACUUCUCUGAGACUGGUCCACUUGGAAGGGAAUUUACUCCAACAGCUUCACCCCAACACCUUUUCAACAUUUAUGGUCCUUGAUUAUUUCAGACUGUCAACAGUUAGACAUCUCUACCUAUCUGAAAAUGUUCUUAGGACCUUGCCUGCAGGGAUGUUUCAAGGCAUGCCACUGCUGGAAAAUCUUUACCUUCAUGGCAAUCCAUGGGCCUGUGACUGCAGUUUAAAGUGGCUUCUUGAAUGGAAUGAAGUUUCUGGAGGUGUUUUAAAAUGCAAAAAGGAUAAAGCUUAUGAAGGAGGACAGCUCUGUGCUAAGUGCAACAGCCCAAAACAUCUGCAGAAAGAAGAUAUUCAAAACUUAAAAGAUAUUUCCUGUGGGAAACCUGUCAUUCACUCUUCACUGAGGCAGAAUAGCAGCACUCAAAAUGAAGAUGAUGGUGAAAGUUAUGAAGUCCUUCUGGAAGAGCUUCAGUCCUCGCCAUGGAACAUUACUCUGAAUAUGACUGAUGAGCAUGGCAAUGUAGUUCACCUCAACUGUGAAAUCAAAAAACCAACAGGCUCUACCAAAAUUCAAUGGAAUCAAAUCCAGGCUCAGGAGAUGGAUAUAAAUGCUACAGUUUCACUGGAUUUUGAGUGUCCAAUGAAUCGGGAAAACUAUGAAAAACUAUGGAAGCUUAUAGCUUAUUACAGUGAAGUACCGGUCAAAUUAGAGAGGGAAAUCAUGCUCAGCAAAGAGCCCAAAAUAAGCUAUCAGUACAGGCAAGGCUUAGAUCAUGAUGCUCUUUACUACACAGGUGUAAAAGCUCAAAUACUGGCUGAGCCUUCCUGGGUGAUGCAACCUGUCAUAAAUAUCCAAUUAAACAGGCGUCAAAGUACAGGGAAAAAAGUGGUGCUAUCUUUUUCUACUGUGUUUUCUCAGACAAUUCAUACCAAAGACACUGGGCAGCAGAGAAGCUGGAUAAUGAUAGAGCAAAACCAGAGCACAAGGACAGCACAGAGUGUGGUGGAAGGGUCAGAAUGUCAGCUCAGCUGCAAUGUGAAAGCUUCGGAGAGCCCUUCCAUUCAGUGGCUCUUCCCAGAUGGAACUAAACUGCAGGUGCCAUUUAAUGAGAAAAACAGUCGAUUUUCCAUUCUUAGCAGUGGCCAGCUAAUAAUCAAGUCAGUGAGUUAUGCUGAUGGUGGUCUGUACCACUGCAUUGCACAAGUGAGAGAUGAUGUCAACAUAAUGCCUUUCAGACUUGUGGUGCAGCCUCCAGCUGUUCAGGUAACGGAUUCAGAUAUAGCAAGAGUUGAAAAAAACGUUGGAGAUCCAAUAGUUCUGCCAUGCAAUGCAGUUGCCAUCCCAGAGCCACAGCUGAGCUGGAUUCUUCCAAACAAUCAGGUACUUAAUGAUUUAUCAAACUCUUCAAAGGGAUAUAUGUUGGACAAUGGUACUUUGCUUAUUCCAAAAAGCCACAUCAGUGAUAGUGGCCACUACAGAUGUGUGGCUGUCAAUCAGUGGGGGUCAGAUCAGUUUGUUGUAAGGGUUACAGUAAAUAAAAUGGUGUCUGACAGGUCAUUUAAAAGGGUAAAACUAAAAAAACGCCCAGGCUCAAAAAGUCUGUCAAAAAAGAGAGGACAUACCAUAGAUGAGGUAGAGGGAUCAGGGGCAGAAGCAGUGGAGGAGAUCCCACGGAGAAAGCACCACCUGAAAGACCGGGAAAUAGCCUUUAAACAAAAAAGUGACCACGUGACAGAGGUUCAGAGUAAAAAAGGAAAGAAAGGCAGGAGAAAAAUGAAAAUCUGGAAGAGUACCAAUAGAAACCAAGACAGCAAUGUUGCAGAAGGCCGAAGAGUAUUUGAAUCUCGAAGAAGAAUUAAUGUGGCAAGCAAGCAGAUUAAUCCCCAGCAUUGGGCUGACAUUUUGGCAAAGGUCCGUGGGAAGAAUACUCCUAGAACAGCAGCCACAGCCAUUUCUUUAACAACUGCACUGCCAGCAGGCUUGCAGAGUACUCCAGUCCCUCAUCCGAUAGCCAGCCCUUCCCCUUCAGGAGUGACAGCUGGUGUGGUAGGUUCCUCUGCUGAUGCAUCACCUGUGGGUGAAGAUGAGCCCUUCUCAGUCACUGUUUCCCACAGCACUAAAGCGUUUUCAGUCCAGUCCAUAUUGACAAGGUCACAAAGUCAGCCCUUCUCUGACCACAGGGCUCUAGAAACACCUGCAAGUAUUUUCCCUUUAGAAAUCACUGUAUCAGGUCCUCAUUUGGCUCCUGUCUCUGCAACUGUGCAACCCCGAGGCCAGAAGCAUCUUGAUGUCAGGACUAAUGAUUCACUUAUCAGUGAAAAUAUCUACCCUCUCACUGAAGAAUCUCUAACUAGGCAAAUUGUGACAAACUUCCCUAAUAUUCAGAGCAGCUCAUUCACAGUGGAAAAUACAGAUAGGAGUGUAUCUUCCACAUCAGAAGAGAAUUCUGCUUUUACAGAACUACCACUUGAUGCUACUCUCCUAGCUGAGUAUCAGACUGCAGAUAGUGUCUUGGAGACAAGUGUGAAGUUAAAUGAAGUGGACCAAGCAAGUGUUGACACCAUAACUUCAACACCUUCUCAGUUAGAUGAAAUCAUCCCAACAGAUUCUGCAGACACUACUACUGUUUCUUCAUCCAUUUCUGUAUUUGUUACAGAAAAAAGCAGUGACUUGAUACAGCAGCACAAAGAAGUAUCUACAGAUCAGACAAAAACUGCAGACUUAAGUACCAGUUUUCCAGCUGUCACAUCCAGUAGAGUUCAGAGCAGGAAAGAACCUGAGACCUACAGGAAUACAGUAACUCAAGAAAGCGUGUCCAGCCACUAUGCAGAGAGUUUUCAGGGAGCACACCAAAACUUGGCUACACCAAAACCAGAUCCCACAUUUGUUUUGCAUAGUACUAAUGCUCUUCAUAAAACAACAGAAGGGAUAAAAUCUGCUUCUGCUAGCAAUAGGUUGACCACCGUGGCCAUAACAACAGUUCCCUAUGGAAAGACAGUGCCUCCAUCUGUUACUCAACAUGCUAGGAAAAGGCCUUAUGGGAGAAGGAGAUUGAGGCCAAACAGAACUCGACAAAAAACAAAGCCUCUCCACCGCGUUGUUUUAACCACGGAGGCAGUGCCUGUUGUUCCAAAGACACCUGAAGUUGAAGCUGUGACCAGAAUUCCUUCUGCAACUCAUGCAAGCCCUGAUCUUCUAAGCAAUGUCAAAAUACAAACUAAGGAAGAGGAGCAUGUGGCAUUCAUUCCUUCAUUAGUUACUGAUCCAGAUGUCUUAGAGGAGAUUACCAAAGUCAAAGAGGUGGUCACAAACUCCUUCUUUAGGCCUACUGCUUCUCCACCUCAAGAAAAACAUACUACACUCCCUACUGCUUCUGACACCUUGGCACUUCCAGUGACUGAACGUAUCACAAUUUUAUCAUCUCAUGUUGUACAUGACACAGUUUCCAGGAAAGAAUCAAGUGCACCUCAGAAACCAGAGCUAAUUGAAGUGCCAGCAUACACCUCGUUAGACAAUGGAGCUGAGAAGAAGGGCAUUAAAGCAGAUUCUAAAACAGGGGAUAAUAAGACAGAACAGCCAAGCACAACAAUUUCUCCUAAGUAUCUAAACAGCUUGAUACUAUCUGCAAAACCAGAAUCUCAAGAGCCUGUCCUGUUUGACUCAGAAGCUUUGGUUAAUGCAACAGCUGCUAAAACAUUCCAAUUGAUAUAUCCCACCAUAACUGAUGCAGGUAUUUCUCUUGAAACACCAGGAAUAAACGAGCCAGCUCAGCAGCAUGAGACAGUUACUUCAUCCUUUUCCAGAAGGACAGAGACUCAAACUUUUCCACUUAGAGAAACAAAGAAAUCUGUUGCUUUUCAGACUGAGGCAAAGCCAUCUUCCUUGGAAAACAAGGAAGCUAUGUCAAAAGUAUUUAAUCAUAAUCUCACAUUGCAAACAACUGAAAAGCCUCCGCCUACACCCAGUGCCUUUAUUCCUCUUAUAAAACUUGUUACUCUUCCACCUUCCAUUUCACAUCCUUCACUAGUUUAUACCACUGAAGAAAGUAAUACCUUCAAUCAAGAAAGGCUCCCAGAAGGAAAACAAAUUGAAACAGAUAGGGACAAAAUGGUGGUGAGCUCAAGGUGGAAUGUGCACCAUACUCCUAGCCAAAACAAAAUAGGCAUACAGUCAGAAGAGGAACAAAUCAAAGAGCUAUAUAAUAGCAUGUCAAACAACAGUUUAUUGAUGAAUCCAAACAUUCUGCAUCCACCUGCUGGGGUGAUACCAAGUCUAAACCAAAGGCUACCUGUUACACCUCCAAAGCAUGCACCAGUAAGGGGCACAGUGAAACCUCCAUAUGUUGUAACACAAGGUUCCUUUCGCUAUUUUGUAACGCACCAGCCUCUUCACUACACCAACAAGCCAGAGAUAACAGCAUAUGCAGCACAUACCCUCCAGGACAAAAAGUCUUUUGCCUCUCAGGGAGAAACAGCUGCCCCAACACAAGCCUCUCCAUUUCACAAGACAAAUCCAAUCACUGCGAGCAAGUUCAGUAAUCAGGGGCAGAAUAGAUACAAUAUUAAUUCAAGAUUUUCAGGCAAUAACUAUGUUCCAGUUAACAGAAGCGUGGUAGGCAGACUACCAAGUCCAUGGAUCCCCUAUUAUUCUAGUUCCAGAAUGCCUUUUCUUUUCAACAGAACAAGGAUAUUCUCUCACUUAAAUACGCAUCCUAAACCAGUGGUCCCUAGUCAGCCAGUUCCAAAAGACAUAAAUAAGAAGAAGGCUGUCCAGGUUUCCCCUACUAGCAUUACAGUGCAGGAAGUUACAGCUAUUCCAGUGCCUCCAAUUCCACAUGCCACAACCACCACAUUUCCAUCACCAGCAAUUUUGAGAAUUACCCCUUCAGCCAUUCUCCCUCAGCACACAGAACCUCAGCUAUCCACUACAGUUCGUCCAGUUAAAAAUGUGCAUCAUCAGCAUCAUCAAAAAUUUCCAUCUGUGCCUUAUGUGGGAGUUCUUCUUCCACACAAUUCAACUGUAUAUCAGUCUUCCACUAAUUUCAGGAUUCAUGGAGAAAGACCUAAAAUUAUCACGAAAGGGCCUCAGAGUAUAUCCAUCCUUGCUGAAACAGAUGCUUCUAUCCCUUGCGAUGCAGUAGGGGAGCCCAAGCCCUUUAUUACUUGGACAAAAGUCUCUACAGGAGCUCUCAUGACAGCCAACACCAGGUUACAAAGGUUUGAAGUCUGGAAAAAUGGUACUCUCCUUAUCCGAAAUACACAGCUCCAGGAUCGUGGACAGUAUUUGUGCACAGCUCAGAACCAGCACGGCGUAGAUAAAAUGAUCAUUGUGCUCACGGUUGUAGCCCACCAGCCCAAAAUUUUGCUUUCCCGCUAUCGAGAUGUCACAGUCUAUUUUGGAGAGACCAUAGCAAUGGAAUGUCAGGCCAGUGGGACUCCAAGCCCACAUAUUUCAUGGAUUUUCCCAGACAGGAAGAUUUUACAGACAGUCACCACCACAGAAAGCAGGAUAAUGCUUCAUGAAAAUCGGACCUUGUCCAUCAAGCAAGCUACUUUUUCAGACCGAGGAGUUUACAAAUGCAUUGCAAGCAAUGCUGCAGGAGCUGACAGUAUCACAGUGAGGCUGCACAUUGCUGCCUUACCCCCCAUCAUCCAGCAGGACAAGCAAGAGAACAUUUCCUUGCCCCUCGGUAGCAGUGUUAAUAUCCACUGCACUGCCAAAGCAGCACCCCCUCCCAGCAUCCGCUGGGUGGUCUUUGAUGGCACACAAGUCCGACCUUCCCAGUUUGUCAAUGGGAACCUGUUUGUUUUUCCCAAUGGAACUCUUUAUAUUCGCAACAUCUCCCCCAAGGACAGCGGGACCUACGAGUGCAUUGCUGCUAACAUGGUGGGAGCUGCCAGGAGAACAGUACAACUUCACGUGAAGAAGUAUGCAUCUAAUGCUAAGAUCACCGGGACCUCUCCUCAGAGGACAGAUGUAACUUAUGGCAGCACCCUGCAUUUGGACUGCAGUGCUUCUGGUGACCCCUGGCCUCGGAUAUUAUGGAGAUUGCCUUCCAAAAGGAUGAUUGAUUCCUUACACAGUAGCUUGGAGACUAGAAUCAAAGUGUUCAGCAAUGGGACUUUGGUUGUCCAUUCAGUUACAGACAAAGAUGCAGGAGACUAUUUGUGUGUGGCCCGCAAUAAGAUCGGGGAUGACUAUGUGGUCCUCAAAGUGAAUGUGAUGAUGAAACCAGCAAAAAUAGAACACAAGAAUGAUAAUAACCACAAGGUCAUGUAUGGAGGGGACCUGAAAGUUGACUGUGUAGCUACAGGUCUUCCAAAUCCUGAGAUCUCCUGGGGUCUCCCAGAUGGCAGCAUGAUCAAUACCUUCAUGCAGUCAGAUGACAGCGGCAGUCGGACAAAGCGAUAUGUGGUCUUCAAUAAUGGAACCUUGUAUUUCAAUGAUGUUGGACUGAGAGAGGAAGGGGACUACACAUGUUAUGCUGAGAACCAGAUUGGGAAGGAUGAGAUGAAAGUGCGGGUCAAGGUAGUGGCUGAGCCUGCAACUAUCAAGAAUAAAACAUAUGCCAUUAUUAAUGUACCCUAUGGUGAUGUUAUCACAGUAGCAUGUGAAGCCAAAGGAGAACCCACUCCCAAAGUCACCUGGUUCUCCCCAGCCAACAGACCCAUUCCUGCCCUGUCUGAUAAGUACCAGGUAUAUAGGGAUGGCACCCUCCUCAUCCAAAAGGCCCAGAGAUCUGACAGUGGCAACUAUACUUGCGUAGCGCGGAACAAUGCUGGAGAAGAUAGGAAAACUAUCUGGAUCCAUGUUAACGUUCAGCCUCCCAGAAUCAAUGGUCAUCUUAGUGCAGUGACGUCUGUGAGAGAGACAGCCAUCAGGGACAGCCAGAAACUUAUUGACUGCAAAGCUGAAGGCAUCCCUGCUCCACGGGUCUUAUGGGCUUUUCCAGAAGGAGUAAUCCUGCCAGCUCCCUACUACGGGAACAGAAUCACUGUGCAUCGCAAUGGCACAUUGGACAUCAGAGGGGUGAGGCAGACAGACGCAGUGCAGCUCAUAUGCAUCGGACGGAAUGAAGGAGGGGAAGCAAGGCUGAUUGUGCAGCUCUUUGUUACUGACCACGUGGAGAAACCCUCCUUCAGAGACCCUGUUAAUGAAAGGAUCACUGCCAUUGCUGGGCACAGCAUCAAUCUGAACUGCUCAGUCCAGGGGAACCCCAAACCCAGCACAAGCUGGAUUCUUCCCAAUGGCACUGAAGUGCUGAGUGGCAACCGCCUGCACAGAUUUUACCAUAAGAGGGAUGGAAUCUUACACAUCAGCAACCUCUCUGCUGGAGAUGCUGGGACUUACCGCUGUACAGCUAGAAACCCAGGAGGUUAUGUGGAACGAGUAGUCUUCCUGAAGGUGGGACUCAGGCCAGAAAUUAGCAACCAGUAUAACAACCUAGUGAGCAUCAUCAAUGGAGAAACUCUGCAGCUCCAUUGCAUCACCCAGCCAAACCAGCGGGCACAGAUCUCCUGGACACUGCCCAACGGAAUGGUUAUGGAUGCCCCACAAGCUCUGGGUCGCUUUUCCCUGAUGGAGAAUGGCUCACUGACAGUGCGUGAGGCUUCUGUAUUUGACAGGGGCACUUACCUGUGCAAGGUGUCCACAGAGUAUGGCACUUCUGUUAUGAAUGUGCCUGUCAUUGUGAUAGCCUAUCCUCCUCGAAUCACCAGCGAGCCAGCACCUGUUAUUUAUGCCAGGCCUGGAAAUUCAGUAAAGCUGAACUGCAUGGCCAUUGGGAUUCCUAAAGCAGAAAUAACAUGGGAGCUUCCUGAUAAAUCACAUCUGACAACAGGAGCUCAAUCUCGUCUGUAUGGAAACAAAUUCCUCCACCCUCAAGGGUCAUUAGUCAUCCAGCAGUCUUCUCAGCGGGAUGCCGGCUUCUAUAAAUGCACUGCUAAAAAUAUACUAGGCAGUGAUUCGAAAACAACCUACAUACACAUAUUCUAACACUCAGACAAAUGCCUUUGGCUGGCUACUAGUGUUCAAGUUACUGCCAAGUGAGUGCAAUGAGGAAAGUGCCUUUUGCAACCAAGCCAGGAAGACUGAGGGUAGAAAAGAAGGAAUUAAGCCUAUUUUCAUGCAAAGUGCAUUGCUUUUGUAUGCCGUGUGGUAGUAAGUCCCUGCUAUAAAGGAGGCAGGAAACAUACUGAAACCGAGGAGACUAUCAUGUUGGGAAAGGUCUUUAAAUUGUUAAGACAGUGUAGUGUGUUCUUUCAUGCUAGGUAAUAGCAUCUGAGACCUGAAGUACUCUAUUCUUGUCGAUAGUGCAAAGCUAUUCCUUGUUAUAACGAGCACCUUAAAAGCACCAAAGAAGUAUUAAACGUUAAUAAAUGAGCUGCAGUGAUAAAAGUGCUUCAGUAAAAGGCAAUUUUCUUUAUAGCCUGCAGCGCUUUUGCGUAAUCUAGCCUUAGAGAAUAUGAUUACUAACCUUCCUGUCCAUUAUUCCAUCAGCUCCUCAAAAUCAAAGACUAACUUAGCAAAUGAGAGUGAUCUGUUUCAAUAAAAAUACCUGCAGACCUUAGUUACCUUAACACAUGUACAAACCUCUUCCACCCACUAGGGACGCUACGGUCAAAUCAUUUAUGAUAUAUUUUAUAUAUAUAUAUAUAUAUUUUUAAGUCAGACUAUGAGACUAGAAAUAAGGAUUCAUUUGGUCUCAUUUGAUAAAUUAUUGGUCUUUACAAGACUCUGAUACAUUGCAGUGUUUUAUAAAAUUAAGGUCAAUAUACUGUACAUUUUAUAAUAAAAAAUAUU